CCCUCACUCUCAUCACCAUGAAGGGAACCUGGGCUGUUGUCCUUUGUUCAUUGUUCCUGAAUGCAGCUGAAAUUCAAGGGCAGUUGACCUCUGGAAAAGGACGUUGCAGCUGCAUAGACAAAGGUUCAGAUUUCAUUCAGCAAAAAGCCUUAGGAAAAAUAGAAGUGAUUCCCAAGAGCUCUUCCUGUGACCAUGUUGAGAUCAUUGCAACAAUGGAAUCCACUGGAGAGCAAAGAUGUCUGAAUCCUAAUUCCAAAUGGGUACAGAAGAUGGUGACAGCCCUCAUCAAGAAAAAGUCUUCACAAAGCACUCACCGAAAGGAGAAGAGCUAAAGAUCACUUCAACAGCACUUCAGGCUCCCUCUCCAGUGAGCAAUGAACUUGUCUGUUUCCUCUACCUGGCUCUACAGCUUUUAAAACACAAAUGCUGCGGCUGAGGCAAGUUGUUCCCAACACAAAGUCGUUGCAU